AUGGAGCGGAAGUAUGGCGUGGAACGCUUUACACGCCCUUCUUUCACGGAGGACACACGAAAAGUCAACUUCCCUGAUGGUCGUCCUGUCGAAGAUGCGCAUGAGUGCCUGCCGUCACUAUCCACUAAGAAAGUUGCUGUUCUCGUCGAAAUGCGCGCGCACUUAGACUGGGUCUAUCAUGUCAUGCACUUCAUUCGUACGCUGGAUGAUGACUGGCCAUUUGUCAUCUACCAUUCGAAUCACAACGAACACAUGUUGCGCAGCAAUGCUGAACUACAGCCGCACAUCCAGUCCGGCAAAGUGCAGCUGCAUCGUUUGAAUACUAUCUUCCCGACAUCAGAGUCCAUCUCACAGCUCUUGACGCAUGCCCCUCUGUACGAAGCAUUGGCGCCUGCUGAUCACAUUCUUCUUUACCAAAUCGAUUCGACCCUCUGUGCAGCGUCGCCUUUGAAAGUCGAAGACUUCUUCAAGUACGAUUUUGUCGGAGCACCCAUCACGCACACUGAUGAUGAGACCCCGUUAUUCAACGGUGGCUUCAGUGUUCGCAAUCGGAAUGCCAUGCUGCAUGUCAUCAACAAUGAGCGACCGUUCGACCACCCUGACAAUGAAGAGAAGUACGAGGAUAGAUGGUACAGUAUGACGAUGGCCAAGUCGAACCACUCAUACAAAUUACCAACUGCGAAAGAAGCUGAGUCUUUUGCCGUUGAGUCGCGCUUUCAUCCCCUGCCGGUAGGUGUUCAUCGGCCAAGAGUCUAUUUGCCAUGGUUUGCAGGCGCAGAGAGGGUGGAAGAGCUUUUGCGCAAUUGUCCGGAAGGCGACCGUAUGCCCGACAAGAGAGGUGGCCGUUUCGUCCCUUGCCUCAAUGAUCCCAAUAGCAAGGAUUGCGUCAAGAGCUCAAAGUGA